AUGUCUGGAGGAAAUAUUGAUUCACCUAUCAUGCAGGUUUUGGGAAGUAAAAAACUUACUUCUAAUAAUGCCACAGAAAGAUACAGGUUGCUAAUAUCUGAUGGAAAGUACCACAAUAGUUUUGCAAUGAUUGCUACUCAAUUAAAUGAUUUGGUAAGCUCAGGAGAAUUAUCCGAAUUCACAAUUGUCAAAAUCAAACGUUACAUUACUUCAUUGUUUAAUACAUCAGAAAAAGAGAGGUAUUGCAUAUUCAAUGUAGUUUCUGUUUCAUUUAGGUAUAUAGGAUUAAAGGAUUCUAAUGAAAAAACAGAAAUGCCUCCUGAAAAUCAACCUCAGGCUACUAAACCACAAGCAAAUAAGGCAGCAUUAUAUAAAGUUUUCAAAAAGCUGGAAACAAAGAUUUACAUAAAUAAAAUAGUCUGUACAAAUAUUUUCAUUUUUGUUUUAGGAUUUUCAUUUGGGAAUAAACCAAAACUAACUGCACAGGUUUCUACAGGAACCAUUCAUCCAAUUUCAAGUUUGAGUCCUUAUCAAAAUCGUUGGUGCAUCAAAGCCAGAGUUACUAAUAAACAAGCUCCAAGAAAUUAUUCAAGUGCUAGAGGAGAAGGAAAAUUAUUUUCCGUAGUUUUUACUGAUGAAUCAGGAGAGAUAAAAUGCACCGGAUUUAAUUCAGCUGUUGAUAAAUUUUCCGAUCUUUUACAAGUAAGUUUAAGAAAAUUGAAACUUUUUUACACUUAUUUGUUUUCAAACUUUUUAACUGAAAGUUUUAAUUUUUAUUUAGUGAGCAAUUGUUCAGUUCAACCUUGCGAAGAUGAUGUUGGUUUACCUUCUGCAGUUUAUAAUUUUGUACCCAUAUCAAAAUUAAUCGAAAUGAGCGUUGAUUCGAUUGUGGACGUGAUAGGAGUAGCGAAACACGCCACGGAUGUUCAAAACAUAACAGCCAGAAGUACCGGAAGGGAACUUAAGAAAAGAGAAGUAGUUUUAGUGGAUUCAAGUGGUGCCAGCGUUUCAAUGACGCUUUGGGGAAGUGAAGCUGUUGGAUUUGAUUGUUCUGAAAAUCCUGUCGUUGCCGUCAAAAGUGCUCGAUUAACUGAAUUUAUGGGUGGUAAAAGCCUUUCGGUUCAAAUGAAUUCUACCGUUUUGAGAGAUCCAGACAUAGAUGAAGCGCAUAAACUCAGAGGUUGGUGGGCAUCCGGUGGUUCAACCUUAGAAUGCUCUUCGAUUUCUAAUAAAGGAACAAGUGGAUCAGGAUCGAAUACAAAUUGGGUUUUAUUCGGAGAUCUCACUUCUCAGGGACUCGGUCUCGGGGAUAAAGCCGAUUAUUUUUCCGCUGUUGUUAAUGUUCUCAUGGCAAAACAAGAAAAUUGCAUUUAUAAAUCUUGUCCCGUCGAAGAUUGUAAAAAAAAAAUUAUCGAUUUAAAUAAUGGAGUUUAUCGUUGCGAAAAAUGUAACAGAGAACAUAAUAAUUUUAAAUAUCGGAUGCUUCUUUCCGCUCAGGUUAGUGAUUAUUCGGGGAGUAGUUGGGUGACCAUGUUUCACGAGGAAGCACAAAAAUUACUCGGAGUCGAUGCGGAAAUUAUUGGAAAAAUGAUGGAUAAUAACGAUGAAUCGUAUAAAGAAUAUUUCAACGAUAUCAAUUUCAAACAGUUUCAAAUGAAAUUUCGAACUAAGAUGGAGUCUUACAAUGAUGAAAAAAGGUUGAAAACUACGGUUGUAAAUUUGGAACCCAUAGAUUAUAAAAGUUAUGCAAGAAGAUUAUUGGAAGAUUAUAAAACAUCUGCCGGAAUCACGAUUAAACAUUAG